AUGGCUUACAAAGUGGACGUAGAUGAGGCCGAUGUUGCCGUUCUCAAUCAAAAUUUGAUUAAAUCAAAAGCUCUCUUUGAGAGCAUUAACCAGUCACUCACAAAAAUCUCCAAAAAAUCACAAGCUGCUCACACCACAAUCAAACCGGUCCUUGGACAAGUCAAUAAAUUGACUGCGGCCAAAAAGGAAGUUGAAGGGGGCUUGGACCUACUAUCUGAAGUGAGUCAAAGUGCUUCUCAGAUCAACAAUUUCGAAAAUGCAUUGAACAACAAUAUUGAAGUUGUGGGCUUAAUGAAGUACGUAAACACAUUGAAUCAAUCGCAGGAGUUAUACAAUCGUAUCAAACCAAAGUUCAAGCAGUUUAAAGGGAUUCUAUACAACUUUCAAAGUGUAAUUGAGAGAAGCGAGUUAAAAGUGCAAAACUACAUUGACACGGUACUCAACUUGGAGACCAAUAAAAUGAUGGAUAAGAAACAUGAGGUGAAAGUGAUUUUUGAGUAUUUCAACCAACAAGGUAAGGAUCAACACAUUGUCAAUAAGUAUGUCGAAAAGCGAGGUAAUAAAGCCAUUCAAAGUAUGAAGCUCGCUGAGCAUAAAUUACAACCUACAAAUAUCGAAGGGCCAUACGAAAAGGGUACAAAGGGAUAUAAUCAAUUCACUGAUGCUACGGAUAAUGUAUUAAAAGAGGAGGUGCUAGUAUUAAAACAAUGUUCUUUACCGCCAGAGUUGAUUGCCCAAAUCCUGGAGUACGCUAUACGUGAAUAUAAUCAAGUGAUGCAAUCUUUGGCGACGCGAUUGAGCACAUCCUUGGGUGCCAGCAACGACAACUAUUUAAUUCUUUUGGAAAUUAUUGACAACUUGCUCCGCGUAGAUUAUCAGUUGAAACAUCGUUAUGUGGUUAAAAGCACUUCAUUUAGCAAAAUCUUUGAUCAAUUUAUAGCUAUUGGGUCCUCAAUUUUCCCCAAUUGUAUUCGCUCAAUUGAGUCACAAUUUCAACACAUUAUCCAAUUCAACGACUCCACAACAUUUGGCGCCACUAGUAACUCAAUGAUUCAAGCUAAGAAAAUGGCUGAGUUCAAACAACCACUUUUACAAUUGAUUCAAACGAGAAAACCAGGGGAUUGGAUUCUGGAGUCUCCACCAUUACAAUACAUUGCUGUAUUUAACUCGAUUAUCAUAAAUACUACAUUUGAUGACAAAUCUCCUGAGUUUCUUUUGUCUUCUUACUUUGCUGAUAUUAUUGAUUGUGUCAUGAUUAAUAUUGAAAUUGGACUAAAGAAACCACAUGGAGAGCACGCCAUGAAGAAGUCCACCCAGGGGUUUAUUCUUCUACGAAACUUGUUUAUUGCUGAACAGAUCAUUAAUCGCUCUCAAGACUUGUUUCACAUGCUAGGUUCUAAUGGACAAGAGCGAAUCAAUAAGUUGAAAAACCGAUUCCUCAAAUUAUUCCUUGAAGAUUGGAGCUAUGCUUCGUACAUUAUCAUUGAACGAAUGACUCUUAUUGCUACACAAGCAGGCAGUGGCAGUGUUAAUCCUAAUACGUCCAUUGGUACUGGGGGCGGUCAAGCAACCAACUUGUCUAAUAAGGAACGAGAACAAGUGAAGGAAUUGUUUAAAAAAUUCAACGACUCGUUUGAAGAGGCUUUGACCAACUAUCGUGCUCUUGACUUUGGCGAUUCCAAUCUCAAGAGCUUUCUUGGUAAUGAAGUGAAAAAGAUGAUUUUGAAUGCGUAUUUCAAAUUGUAUGAUAAAUACGGUAAUUCCGAUUUCACCAAGAAUCGACUGAAGUAUGUCAGGUGGGACAAAUUGCAAUUCGAAAGAUUACUCAAUGAGAAGUUGUGA